CUUUUCAUCAUUUGCGGAUGUGCACGUAUGCGGAACCCACGUACAUUGUAUAUUGAUUAUGGUAGUGGAGCAGCAGCCCAGCAAAACGCGUGUACAUUCAUGGAGGAAUAUCUGAGUAUAUUCCCAGUCAUUAUGGUUCAGUGAAGUUCUAUACUUCUCUGUUCUGCUUUCAGGACAAAGUUCAACAAAGUUUCGGCACAUGUCACCACAGUGUAGAGGAACUGGAGGCUCAAACUGACUGAAACUGCAGUGAGAGGGUCGGACACGCGAGAUGGGUGUGGGUGCCCGACGUGGGGGUCGAGCUAGGCGUGCACAUCACCGUAGGCAACAUCGUCAACGUCAAAGACGACGUCAUCAUCACCAUCAUCAUCACCGCCGAACUGGUGCCCAUCACGGUGCCCGCAUCACCUUCCCCUUCCUCUUUGGUGGCCGGCACCAGCGCGCACAUGCUGGUGCCCGCACCGCCGGUGGUGCCCAGACCACUGUUACGAUCACAUCGUCAUCCGAUGACAGUCGCCCAGUCCGCCGGUCACCAGCCUCAUGCCUGCUCUCAUUGGUGGUUACCGUGUUUUUGUUGGCGGGGAUAAUCGUCCCGUUCGCUGUCCCCGCUGUGCCGUUCCCGAUCGGCAUCACGUGCACUAUAUUGUUUCUGCUCAUCAUCGUUGCGCCGUUCGUCUCGAACGUGGUCCAGACGAGAAAGGCGCGAAUGGGUGCCGAGCCCGAUGUCGAAGCACCGACACCUGCCGAAGAGGUACCGACGACGUCCGAGGGGACGAAUGGCACCCCGGCUGCCUACAACACUGUUUGGAGUACACUCACGAGCAUGACCUACACGGCGGGGCCUCGAGUUGUCGUAGGAGGACCGAACGGUGCUACAACUACCUCGACUGUCUUCUACGGAAACUCCACGAUAAAUAUGGAUGGUGUGAGCAUUCACAAUCCAGGAGGGAUGAAUGGCGGCCAACCAAACACCGGUUACGCCUACGAUCCGCCGCCGUCUUUCACCGAGGCUACCUCUUACCAUCAAACCGCAACACCAGAGGCCGGUGUUGUCGAUGACACUUCGCAAGGACUGCGCCCAGAUCCGGCGGGAUACCCAGCUGGACACCCGGCUCCUGGAUACCCGGCCACCCAGCCUGACGUGGCUGCUGGGGCUGAUUCACCAGAGUCUGAGUCUGCACUGGACGAGCCCUUGCCCCCGCCGCCAUCUUACGAAGAAGCCGUAGGUGGUACCGCUUAGCAACAACAAGAUGAAUUCACGAAUCCCCUUGGUUCGAAUUCUGUUCAGAUUCAUCCAACAAAAUACUACAUAAUUACUUAAUAUUACCAUCUCCUCCAUACCACCAAUAUAUAUAUAUAUAUAUAUAUAUGUUUUUUAAUCAGCACUGGCUUCAACAACCUUCAUUAUCUUAAUGUAAUUAAGAAGGCUGAAGAAUUUUGCAAAUAAUUUCCUAAUAAUUAUAAUCUUUUAUUGAACGCCUGAACAAAUCCCCGCCGUCCGAUUGUUGUUCGUUGAAUUAUUCGUUUCAACGCAUGCGCAAGGCGCGGCCGCAUCGCAAAAACAGGCCCUUCCAUUACACGGUAAAUAAAACUUCCAUUGGUUGCGCUGCAACACAGCACUGAUGGCUUUAAUGCUGAUUUAUCAUAGACCAAUUUUACAAGUUCCCGAUCAGAUGACGGGGACUUAUUCGGGCUUAGUAGGCCUACAACAAAUAAUAAAUGUUUCACCUUCGUCCAAUGAAAAGAAUCUUCAGUGACAGAUAUAAUGUUCCAUUCCACUUGGCUUUGAACAUUCCAUUUGUCACCUCAUGAAAUUAUUCUUACCAUUGCACUCAUAAACAGUCAUUAAACUGUACAAUAAUGUUAAACAAGUAGUUUCAUAACAUGAGAUUUAUACGUAUGUGUUAGUCUGUCUUUUAGUUCAAACCAUUUAGUUCAUUUAACAUAAUUAUUUGCAUUCUUGAAGCUUUUAAAUAAUUAUCUCAUCCAAAUCUAAUAAAGUUGUAAAUAUUAAUGAUAUUAUCAUCCUUAUAUUUUAACUCUAUUUACUAAAAUCUAUUAAAUACAUACGAAACUAUUGGGAUGCAUGACUGUUGGAAGUGACGAACACUCGAACAGACUACAUUAUUGUAUACAUAUAUUAUUUUGUCCUACCACAUCAAUAAUAUAGAUAAUUCAGGCUUAUCUGGAAAUUUGAGUACAGAUUUUGUAUGGUUAGGUACCAUGUCAAGUUUUAUAAUUUGUAGUAUAUUGUGUAUCUUCAGAUAUCGUUGAUUGUCAAGUAUUCAUAAGUGCAUCUAUAUUUUGUAUAUUGUAUACCUCUCAAUGCAUCAUUAAAGUUCAUAUUUUUCAAACUA